UGGUUUUAAAUUUUUAGACAGUGUUUGUUGAUAUUUGAAUUAAUUGUAUUCGAUUUUAUCUAUUUGUAUUGAGAACGAUUGUUAUUAUAACACACAUUUACAUUUCAGUCAAAAAAUUUACAGCUUCAUUCAACUUAGUACAAUUUUCAAACAUAACAAAAUAGGUACUAUGAAUCUGUUGAUACUUGCAGUAUGUUUGACUACAAUAAAAUCAGUUUAUUCUAUUAAUUGUUACCAAUGUUCUGGAACCGAUUCAAAUGACCCAUUUCAAUGCAAUGAAUAUUUAGAUUCCGAAUCAAGUUUAGUGCCUACAGAUUGUUCGCUAAUUCAUAACGCGCAGUUUUGUAUUAAACAUGUAGGAAGAUUUGAAGGUUAUUCCAUCGAGUGCUACCAAUGUAACUCGACAGGGGAUAUGGAAUGUGGGGAUGGGCUCAUGAAUUUGGAUGGUGGCAUCUUGAGGGCCACACCCUGUGACCAAGUUUACAAUGCUCAGUAUUGCGUCAAGGAAAUAGGUGGAAUCGGCACAAAAAGGUUUUGCUCAUCAUUGGAUUUAGGUAACCAGUGUAAAUAUGUCCAACAACCUGGAGACAAGCUGGAGUAUAGAACAUGUAUCUAUACAUGUACUACUGAUGGAUGUAAUAGCGCCAUAACUAUGAAAUUAUCAGCAAUGUUGCUGAUGUUAGCUCUUUUUGUAUAUAAGUGUGUAUAAUUUGAAAGUAAGGCCUCGUUUCACAGCUUUUGAUGAAUGUCCCUGAUUACCAAUUCAAAGCUUUUUGAGGUAUAUUUCGUACUUUCUUUUUGAUUUAUUAACUGAUAGAUAAGACAAUCAGGACAUCCAGAAGUUGUGAAACUGGUCUUUUUUAAUAAUAAUGUAAACCAAAUUACAAGCCUUACUCAAUAGUACUUAAAAGUGUUGUUUUGUAAAGUUUUUAUUUUAUGCAAAUAGACAGCCAUUUCAGCAUUCCAUAAUCCGUCCAUAGAUUAAGAAUUUAUUAUUGUAAGAAAAACUGACUUUUUAUAUUUUGUUAAUAAAUAUUUUAUAUCUA